UGAUAAAAAACCAAAUAAAAGGCGAAAGAGAAUGCGCACUGGGCCGGAAUUAAGCCCAAAAACACGAAAGGCGGUGCGAAUAUUUUCGAUCUCCUCAAAUCAGACCGUCCACGUGUAUGAGUCCCACAGAGAGUCAAUGUACCUGAGUCACACAUGAACUCUGUUCCCGGGAGUAUAUAAUGCCUAUUGCCGGAAGCCUAACCGUAUUCACCCAAAGCUCUCUCCGAUGCCAUUCCCUGAAUCGAUACGUAUCGUAAUUUAUCUUUCACAGAGCAUCAUCAAAAGGGAUUCACAGGAUUGAAAUUUUGUGCAAGUGAGAAUCUAUAAUGGGAAAUCGGGGCCAGAAGCGGCCGGAAUCCGUUGAGGAGUUGCCGGCGGAUAAGCGAGCUUGCAGUUCUUUGGAGUUUAGGCCAAGUUCAUCGUCGAACUCGCCGGGUCAGACUCACACGAACUCUCCGAACUUGGCCCCGGAGUCCCAAGAUGGUGGCCAUGAUGGUGGUGAGAUGGACACGUCGUCAUCGGCUUCCGGCUCGGUCCGAUCAGAGGAAGCUGAGAAAGAUUCGGCCUAUGGAUCAUGCGAUUCUGAUGACUUGGCCGAUGGAGAACUGCGGUUUAAUCGGGACAUUCUUCGUGAUUUUCAACGGAGGCGAUCGUCCGGUGACCAAGCGAAAUUCAAGAAGAUUUUGGUGACUUUAACGGAAGCCGACGAGGUUGAUGUUUCCGGCGUGCUUGCUGCGCUCACUGAGCUCUGUGAAGUGUUGUCGUUUUGUACUGAGAGUUCUCUUUCGAGUUUGACGGUGGACUCUCUGGCACCGGUUCUUGUGAAGCAUGCGAAGCACGAGAGCAAUCCGGAUAUAAUGCUAUUGGCAAUUAGGGCAAUUACGUAUCUCUGUGACGUCUUCCCACGAUCAUCUGGCCUCCUUUCUCGCCAUGGUGUCGUUCCGGCUUUGUGUGAAAGAUUAAUGGCUAUUGAGUAUUUGGAUGUGGCCGAACAGUGUUUACAAGCAUUGGAGAAAAUUUCUCGGGAUCAACCGCUUGCUUGUUUGCAAUCUGGUGCAAUUAUGGCUGUUUUAAAUUAUAUAGAUUUUUUCUCCACUACUGUGCAGAGAGUUGCACUGUCUACUGUAGUGAAUAUAUGUAAGAAACUGCCUUCUGAGUGCACAGCACCUUUCAUGCUGGCUGUCCCUUCAUUGUGUAAUCUUCUUCAGUAUGAGGACCGACAACUUGUAGAAAAUGUGGCUAUUUGCUUGAUAAAAAUAGUGGAGCGAGUUCGUACCUACCCAGAAAUGCUGAAUGAGCUAUGUAAGCACGGGUUGAUUCAGCAAGCCACCCAUCUCAUAGACUUGAAUAGUCGAACCACUCUUUCUCAGCCGAUUUACACUGGUUUGAUUGGGUCACUUGUCAAGCUUGCUUCUGGUUCAGUUGUGGCUGUCAGGACUCUUUUUGAGCUUAAUAUAAGCAGCAUAUUGAAAGAUAUUUUAUCUACUUAUGAUCUCUCUCAUGGAAUACCUUCUGUUAAUAUGGUUGAUGGACACUGCAAUCAGGUGUGUGAAGUGCUCAAGUUGCUUAAUGCACUUCUCCCUACUUCAGCUAGGGAUCAAGAUGUUCAAAUGGUGUUGGAUAAGGAAUCUUUUCUAGCAAAUCAGCCAGAUCUUUUGCAGAAGUUUGGGAAUGACAUACUUCCCAUUUUGAUGCAGGUGGUUAGUUCUGGUGCAAAUUUGUAUGUUUGCUAUGGCUGCCUAUCUAUUAUCAACAAGUUAGUUUAUUUCAGCAAAUCUGACAAUCUUCUUGAAUUGCUUAACAAUACCAAUAUAUCAAGUUUUUUGGCUGGAGUUUUUACUCGGAAGGAACACCAUGUGCUGAUAAUAGCCCUGCAGAUUGUGGAGACACUCCUACAAAAACUUUCUGACACUUUCUCAAAUUCUUUCAUAAAGGAAGGUGUCUUUUUUGCUGUGGACGCGCUUCUUACCCCAGAAAAAUGUUCACAAUUGAAGUUUCCAGUGUUAAGUGGCACCCAUUUUUCAAUUGACUCAAAUCAAAGGCAUGCUGCUAAGGAGGUUUUCAGAUGCUUAUGUUAUGCUUUUGAUAACGAUCAAUUCUCCUCGGCUUCAGAAAUGGAAAAUUGCAAGCUUGAAAAGGAUUCUGUUCACAACCUUGCAAAGCACAUAAGGACAAAGUAUUUGACCACUGAACUACUUAACUCUGAGAAAGGUUUGACUGAUAUUCUUCAGAAGCUCAGAACUUUCUCGGCUGCAUUAACGGAUCUGGUAGACAUGUCCCUCCAUGAUGAUACUUCUGCUCAGCAUGAAGAGAAGUACUAUUGUAUGUUACAUCAAAUCAUCACAAUUCUCAAUGGAAAAGAACCCAUUUCAACUUUCGAGUUUAUUGAAAGUGGAAUUGUGAAAUCCUUGGUGAAUUACUUAUCCAAUGGUCUGUACAUGAGAGAAAAAGUCGGUUCUCAGGGUGUAUCAAGUCAUUAUGACAAUGUAGAAAAAAGAUUUGAGGUUUUUGGAGGACUAUUAUUAUCUUUGUCAGAACCCCUCUCAGAGGACUUGCCUCUAUCAGUAUUAAUACAGAAAUUGCAACAUGCAUUGUCUUCUGUGGAAAAUUUCCCUGUUAUUUUAAGCCAUGCGUCCAAGCAAAGAAACUCAUUUGCUACUGUUCCAAAUGGACGUUGUGUGUCGCAUCCCUGUCUAAAAGUUCGUUUCACAAAGGAAGAGGUGGAGACAUCCCUAUAUGAUUAUUCAGAAGAUGUUCUGACUGUUGACCCCUUUUCUUCUUUGGAUGCCAUUGAGGGAUUUCUGUGGCGCAAAGUUAGCAUCAAAAGAACUGAACCCACAAAUUCAGUGUUUCAAGCUUCACAUGAUAUGAAAGGUCCAAUAUUUCAAGGACCAUUAGAUGCAGGUUCUCAAGGCAAAAGUCCAGAUCUGAUGGAGUCUGAAAGCAUGUCCUCUGAGUUUCCUGAGGUGCAGGAAGACAAAGAUUCAUCACAGUCUACACCUGAAUCUGCAAGCAAUUUAAGAGAGAUGACUCCUGGUGAAGCAACGUCUUCUGGAGAAACUCAAACAGUAUCUGCUGAACAAGAACAACAUGUCUCUUCAGAGGCUGGUGUUAAAAUGAAAACUCAGUGUCCUGAAUCCUGUAGCGGUGAAGAUGCUUCAGUAAAAUUGUUAUUCUAUCUAGAAGGGCAACAGCUAAACCGGGAACUAACGAUGUAUCAAGCAAUUAUCCAGCAACAAAUUGAGGCAGAACAUGAAAUUAUUCCCAGUGGAAAAUUGUGGGGUCAAGUGCACACCCUGACAUACAGGGCAGCUGUGGAACCUAAACAAACUCAUCCUCAAGAAUGUCUUCAAAAUUCUCCUGUAUCUGCUAAAGUUGGGACACAUCUUCAGCAGGCUCCAUUUUUUUCCAAUAUCUUUGUUCCUGAACUUGUUGCUGAGUUGGAUAAGUCAGGCCCUACAUAUGAUAUAUUAUUUCUACUUAAAAGUUUGGAAGGCAUGAACAAGUUCAAAUUCCAUCUUAUGUCUCGUGAAAGAACAAAAGCUUUUGCUGAAGGGAGAAUUGAUAACUUGGAUAAUUUGAAGGUGGCAGUUCCUGUAAUACCAGAGAAUGAGUUUGUGAACAGUAAAUUGACUGAAAAACUGGAGCAGCAGAUGCGGGACCCUCUUGCUGUGUCUAUUGGUGGCAUGCCUUUGUGGUGUAACCAGUUGAUGGCUUUGUAUCCAUUUUUAUUUGGUUUUGAAGCAAGAUGUAAGUACUUCCGAUUGGCUGCAUUUGGCCCACUUCAAGCUCAACCUCAUUCAUCAUUUCAUAAUACAUCAGGUGCCCCAAGUGACAGGCGACAUAAUGCUGGUAGUUUGCCUCGGAAAAAAUUUUUAGUUUGCCGGGAUCGUAUUCUGGAUUCUGCUGCCCAAAUGAUGAACCUGCAUGCUUGUCAAAAGGUUGUUCUUGAAGUGGAGUAUAAUGAAGAAGUCGGUACUGGCCUUGGUCCAACAUUAGAAUUCUAUACUUUGGUUUGUCAUGAAUUCCAGAAGACUGGCCUGGGCAUGUGGAGAGAAGACUAUACUUCAUCUACGUCAUGUAAAAGCUUACAGGCAGGGUCAGGAAUGGUGGUGUCCCCUUCAGGACUCUUUCCUCGCCCUUGGUCGUCUACAUUAAGUACAUCUAAUGGAAUAGAAUUUUCUGACGUGACAAAACAAUUUGUUCUUCUAGGCCAGGUCGUGGCAAAGGCUCUCCAGGAUGGAAGGGUCCUGGAUCUUCCCUUCUCCAAAGCUUUCUACAAACUUGCCAUUCUUGGGCAGGAACUUAGUGUGUAUGACAUCCAGUCAUUUGAUCCUGAGCUUGGCAGGGUUCUGCUAGAGUUUCAGGCUCUCAUUGAUAGAAAAAGAUAUUUGGAGACUGUUUGUGGUGAAAAAUCUACAUUUGAUGUUGAUAUGUGCUUCCGGAAUACAAAAAUUGAGGAUCUUUACCUUGAUUUUACACUUCCGGGGUAUCCCGAAUAUGUUCUUACUUCUGGUUCUGAUCAUAAAAUGGUAACUAUGACUAACUUGGAGGAAUAUGUUUCACUUCUUGUGGAUACUACUAUAAAUGCUGGAAUUUCCAGACAAGUGGAAGCAUUCAGGUCUGGGUUUAACCAGGUUUUCCCCAUCAAACAUCUUCAGAUUUUCACUGAAGAAGAACUGGAGAAAUUACUAUGUGGAGAGCGUGAUUCUUGGGCUUGCAAUGGGCUCUUAGAUCAUAUCAAAUUUGAUCAUGGAUACACUGCUAGCAGUCCUCCCAUUAUUAAUUUACUGGAAAUUGUGCAAGAGUUUGACCAUGAACAGCGACGAGCAUUUCUGCAGUUUGUGACAGGGGCGCCAAGGCUUCCUCCUGGUGGUUUGGCAUCUCUCAACCCGAAGCUCACAAUUGUCCGGAAGCAUUGCAGCAAAUGGGCAGAUGCAGAUCUGCCUAGUGUGAUGACUUGUGCCAAUUAUCUGAAGUUGCCGCCCUACUCAUCAAAAGAAAGGAUGAAAGAGAAGCUGUUAUAUGCUAUAACUGAAGGACAAGGGUCAUUCCACCUCUCCUAGCUAGCUUCUAAUUCCUCCAUCCAACUGAUACAGAAACUGUGAAUUUGUAAUUAUUAGAUUAGAUGGUGGUGUAGAUAAGAAAGAAAUGAAGUGGGUGGCAACGGGGCAAUGAUAAUGCCGGAAAGAGGAGCUGAUUGGCUUGAACAAGAGGAUGCUCCUUCCUUCAUGGACUGUAGAUAAAACAAGUUCGUAUAGGCUGUUGGUUUAGUUUUUGGAGAUGGGGGAAGAGAGCUGUACAGGGAAAUAUGGGGGUUUAUGGAUUAGCUCUCCUUUCCAAGCUUCAUGUACAAAGCUCUGUACAGAAGAUCUUUAUGGCAUGUGUAUUUUGACACCUUUGGUCUGGUAGCAAUUCCAAGGGUCUAGGCAUGUGAACAAACUAUAUUAUAUCAGUAUACUUUGGUUUCCGAACGACUUAAUUACAAAAUGAUGGUAAUUUCAUGUUUA